GUUACUCGGACGAAAAAACAAAAAGAAAAGAAACCGUACUAAAACCAGAAUUAAGAUAAAAUCUCAUCUCAUUUCCUACUCAAAUUCCUAUCAAAUCCUCUCUAAUCUCCAAAUUCAGAAUCCAAAACUCUCAAAUUCCAAAAUCACUCAAUCUAAAUCUUGAAAUUCCUUUUCAAUUCCAUGCAUUUCAAUUCUUCAAUUCGGAAAACCCCAAAACAAUGACCAACAUCAUUAUACCAAAGCCUGAGACAAGCCCUCUGGUCUCACCAACAUCCUCCCGCUGCGUAACCGAGACGGUGAAUGGCUCGCACCGGUUCGUGAUCCAGGGCUACUCGCUCGCCAAAGGAAUGGGCGUGGGUAAGCACAUUGCCAGCGAUAAUUUCACGGUUGGAGGGUACCAAUGGGCGAUAUAUUUCUAUCCUGAUGGGAAAAAUCCAGAGGAUAAUUCAGCUUACGUUUCGGUUUUCAUCGCUCUCGCUAGUGAGGGAACUGAUGUUAGGGCUUUGUUUGAGCUUACUCUUGUUGAUCAGAGUGGGAAAGGGAAACAUAAGGUUCAUAGCCAUUUUGAUCGCUCGCUUGAGAGUGGACCUUAUACGCUGAAGUAUCGCGGUAGCAUGUGGGGAUACAAGCGAUUUUUCAGACGAGCUAUGCUUGAAACAUCUGACUUCCUCAAGGAUGAUUGCUUGAAAAUUAAUUGUACCGUUGGGGUGGUGGUGUCUGCAAUAGAUUGUCCACGAUUGCACUCAAUUCAGGUUCCAGAGUCUGAUAUAGGAGCACAUUUUGGCAUGCUGCUUGAAAAUAUGGAAGGUUCAGAUGUUACUUUUAAUGUGGCAGGGGAAAAGAUUCAUGCUCACAAGUUGGUUUUGGCUGCUCGGUCUCCUCUUUUUCGGUCUAAGUUUUUUGAUGGAGAAGAAGAAAAGCAAGAGGUUGAUAUUACUGAUCUAGAACCGAAGGUUUUCAAGGCCAUGUUGCAUUUCAUAUACCGAGAUACUCUCACUGAAGAUGUGGACAUGGAAACAUCUAGCUCAUCUUGUCUCUCCUCAGUAUCUGAAACAUUAACAGCGAAGCUGUUAGCAGCAGCAGACAGGUAUGGUCUUGACAGACUCAGAUUGAUGUGCGAGUCUCAUCUCUGCAAGGACAUAUCUGUUGACUCUGUUGCUAGCAUCUUGGCCUUGGCCGACAGUCAUCAUGCUACAGAAUUGAAAGCUGUUUGCCUAAAAUUUGCUGCUGAAAACCUUGCAGCUGUAAUGCGGUCAGAUUCCUUCGAGCAUCUCAGGGAGAACUGCCCAUCUCUGCAAUCAGAGCUACUGAAGGCAGUGGCUGGUUGCGAGGAAGAUUGCAGCAGUGGAGGUGGAAAGUCUCGCAGUGUGUGGGCUCAACUCUCAGACGGCGGUGAUACCAAUGGCAGGCGGGUCAGACAAAGAACCUAAUAUCUAAUCAUUAGUCUUGUAAAUGCAGAUGAUGAUGGUAUAAGAAAAAAAAAAAAGAAAAGAAAAAGGAAAGCAGAACUCAAAAACAGAAACCUUUUGUAAUGUGGCAGGAGUUUCUGCCAGUUUUCCGUUUAUCAUAAAAGGUAGCUGGCAUAAGAGCAGUUAACUAAUGUAGUUAGACUGUGUUGUUUGUUGUAAGUUGCAAUGGGUGAUAACUGAGAACUGUGGUGUUCCGGGUUUAGGUCUGUGUCUUCGCUCUCUUAUUUCUUUUUUCCUCUAGUGUUGCUAACAAAUUUUAUUUCUCAAAUGCAGAGAAAAUUGCUUCCUCCAGUCAAAACUUUGUUCUUCUUUUUCCCCUAUGUUAAUGAGCAUUGUAAAAUAUUUUGCUUUCCGUAA